AUGGCGGUGACCACGCGGAGUGGACGAGGCGGUGAUGUGCAUGCCUCAAGAGAGAAUCAAGUCAUGGUGGAUGAAGAUGAGUUGCCUAAUGAUGAUAUGCCUACGGGGGUUGAUGAUGUGGUGGAACCAAGUGCAAGAAAUAAAGUGCGAAUUGACAUUCAUGAGGUUGAGGAGGAGACACAAGAGAACGUGAACCCGUCUAGGGAACAUGUAAUAGAUAUGCCCGAGCCGGAGGUGCCAAAAGCCAAGGCACCCUUGCCUAGGCCUCCUCCGCCCUACCCUCAACAUUUGGCCAAGCAAAAAGGCGAUAACCAAUUUAAGAAAUUCAUUGAGAUGAUGAAGAGUUUGACUAUCAAUGUGCCUUUGGUGGAGGCACUCGAGCAAAUGCCGGGGUAUGCGAAAUUCAUGAAAGAGUUGGUCACUAAGAAGAGGUCCAUGUAUUUUGAGACAAUACCUAUGACGCAUCAAGUGAGUUCAAUUGUGCAUUCCAUGGCCCCGAGGCAAGAAGAUCCCGGAGUUUUCACUAUCCCAUGCACCAUUGGAAGUGCCAACUUUGCAAAAGCCCUUUGUGACUUAGGGGCAAGUAUAAACUUGAUGCCAUAUUCAGUCUUUAAAACCUUGGGAAUUGGUCAACCACGAGCAACCUCGAUGAGGCUUCAAAUGGCAGACCGGUCAAUGAAGAGACCGUUGGGUAUAAUUGUUGACGUCCUUGUGCGAGUAGAUAAAUUCAUUUUGCCGGCUGAUUUCGUCAUUUUGGAUUGUGAGGUGGAGUUUGAAGUCCCAAUUAUCCUUGGUAGACCUUUCCUAGCUACGGGGAAGGCUUUGGUCGAUGUCGAGGCGGGAGAGAUGACCUUCCGUGUUGGUGAUGAAAAGGUGGUUUUCCCGGUGUGCAAGUCCAUGAAGCAACCUAAUAGCACUGAGGUGUGUUCCUUUGUUGACAUUGUCACGUCAGUGAUAAUGGAUGAUACAAGUUCUAUGAUUAACAUUGAAGAUCCACUUGUGUCCGCACCUCUAGACAGGGAGAUGAAUGAUGAUUAA